AUGGAUUUUGGAAGGAAAAAGACUCAAAAGUACACUUUCAAGAGUCCUAAGUUAGAAGACCUAAGGAGAUUGGGAUCUUUGGUUGUUGACACAGAGGCUUUCAACAAAAGAUAUGGAUAUUUGCUCUCAAUUUUGAAGAUCAACAUGGAAGAUGGACUUCUUCAUACUUUGAUUCAGUUUUAUGAUCCCGUUCAAGCUCCAUUUUAUGGUUUGGAGGAAGAUCCCAAAGAUCAAGACAUUACAAAGGUUAUUCACUUGAAAAUGUCAGAGAUCAGGGAUCACAUGACCACAAAAGGAAAAAUGCUUGGUUUGACAGCUAAGUUUCUAAUGAACAAAGCUCAUUUUAAUGACUUUGUUGCCAUGGAUGCCAUCAAGAUCUUCUUAAUAAGAAAUCCAGUUCCUACUUUGCUUGCCGAUGCCUAUCAUUCUGUUCAUAUGAAGAAUUCUUAUGGCGGAGGAAUAAUUACAUGUUGCAUGCCUAUGCUGUACAAGUGGUUUAUUUCUCACUUACCUAGGUCUCAUGCUUUUUGGGAUCUUAAGGUUGGUCUUUUGUGGUCACAGAAGAUUAUUUCGCUCACACAUUCAGAUAUUGUUUGGUAUAGUCGUGACUAUGAUGGAGUUAGUAUCAUUGAUAGUUGUGUAGGAUUUUCUAAUGUACCUCUUCUUGGUACAAAAGGAGGCAUCGGUUACAACCCAAUCCUAGCUCGUCGUCAACUCGGUUAUCCAAUGAGAGAUAAGCCAAAGAAUAUUCACUUGAAGGGUUUGUUCUGUAAGGAAUAUGAAGAUUACAAAGCGCUCAAAGAGAAGAUUGUGCACACUUGGUGCCAUGUUCAUAAGCUAGAAAAGAAAGUUUUAGGGAAGACAAAUUAUGUCUCUUUAGAACCUUUCCUUAAAUGGGUGCAAGAUAGGGCCAUCAACUUGAAAAUGCCUUAUCCUCGCCAAGAGCCUUUACUUUUAGCUGACAAAGAACCUACCUAUAUCUUCAUGACUGAUGCUGAGAAGUUGAAUAUUUCUUUGACCAAAGCGCAGCGAGAAAGGGACGCUUGGAAGAACAAGUAG